GGCAGAGUUUGGUCUCUUUAUCUUUGGUAAAUACUAUAUAGUCCCCUGAAAAUUAUAAUACAUUACAGUAAAAAUUGUCUAAAAUACUAUAUUUCCAUUACUAAUAAUUUACUAUUCUAAUAUUCUACUAUAAUUGUAUAACUUUAAUAAUAAUAUAGCCAAUUCUCAAUGGAGAACAAAAUAGUUUGUGUACCGGGACAACGGCUCUGUCGACUAGAUUCCACACACACUUUAGGUAAAGGGACGUAUAAAAGACAAGAUUACAUUUAUUCAAGUUUGGCUGGAAUUGUGAAUGUAGAUAACACAAAUAAUAAAGUAUCAGUUGUUGAAGUUCGAAGUAAAGAUCAAACUAUUGUUCCAGCUCCUGGAGAUAUUGUAACAGCAAUGGUGACUACAUUAAAUCAAGAUAUGUGCAAGUGUCUUAUUACCAGUGUUUGUGGACACGAGCUGAAUGAAACAUACAGGAGUAGUCUUAGAAGACAAGAUGUGCGCAUGAAAGAAAUUGAUAAAAUCGAUAUGCUACAGUGUUUUAGACCAGGAGAUAUAAUAUUGGCUAGAAUCUUGCCAAUGACUGAAGCUCAUACCUUUAAACUAACCACUGCUGAAAAUGAACUUGGUGUAGUCAUUGCAUGCAGUGAAUAUGGCCAUCCAAUGACUCCUAUUAGUUGGACUGAAAUGAAAUGUACAAAAACAAGUGUAGUAGAAUACCGAAAAGUAGCUAAAAUUGUUCAAGACAAUGCAGGAGAAGAUAUUUAAAGAUAAUAGGGAUUUUUUUCUUUUUAAUUAUAUACAUUUUUUUUGUGUA